GAAAUAGAGGGGAUACGCACCGUAUGUACGUCGACAGCAUGUGUUGUCGUCUCGUGAGAUGGUAAAACACAUAAACCGACGAGUGAAAAUUCAUCUGCGCGGCGAACACAUUAUAGUAGGUAUCGAGAUCAGCCCCCUUAAGUAUCAGCGAACGCCGGAUAAAAAUUCGAAGUAUCGAUGUUACGUUUAAAAAAUAAUACGUUUUAUUUUUACAUUUUUAUGCAUUUUCAGCUGUAGCGCGCGUAGUGGAUGUUAAACUAAGUAGUUUACGUGCGGAUUUACAUAUUUAAUUUAUAAUCGUUUUAUUGAUAUUUAUUGUUCGUUGUCGUCCGCGGGUCCGUUAAAAAAAUGGUGAUCCAGGCUAACGUGUCGGCGUCUGCACAUAUUAAAAAAUCGAAACUAGUAAGUCAAUAACCUUUGGUCCCGGAGAAGAGAAGGGCUUAAAUCAAUUUUUCAUAGUUUUCAUUGCUUACUAGUAAAUUAUAUUUUUUAAAUUACUAUAAAUGACAUAAUGGCAUCAUUUCUAAAUGGUUAUAAACUAUUAAAUGACCUAACCUCAAUGUUUCUCUUACCAUACAAGAAGUACACUGAAAUGAUAUUUUAAUUUUCAUUAAAACAUGUGUUAGAAUAUAUAAUCCACUUAUGCCGUUUAGAGUAACAAAUAUAAAGUGAACAAAUUGCAUUAUGACAAAACUAUAUAUAAAAAAAAAAAAUGUCAAAAAUUGUCUUAAGCCAUUCUUCUAUUGGACCAAAGAAUUAUUCAAAUUUUUUUUUAAUUUGAAUGGUAAACUAUAUGUAAUACUUAAUAAAAAUAUACCGAUUUAGAAAUUCGCAAUGUACUAUCAUAUUUUAUUUUUCGUUUAAACAAAUUAUUAUAUUAAAAUAUUUGCGUUUUAUGUUGUUGUUUUACACGUUUUUGUUUACAGAUUACGUUAAUAUAUAAUUUAUCCGGAGGUACAAUCAAUGCUCAAAUUAUCAUUACGGUAAUCGGUGAGUACACACAGAAUUAGUCAAAUUUAAAAACUGUACUUGGAUAAAAUUUGUUUUUAUAUUCUGAGUGCAGCGAGAAUAAAUUAAUUUUGCAGAUGGCGUAUUUAGUCAUCCUUUUAAGGGGGUGGAGGAAUUCGUGGAUCAGUUUUGUUUCUUUACCACUUGCCUGAAGAUAACCAUAAUUGAUGAUUUUUCGGCAAACUCGUGCGUAUGAUAGAGGGGGAGGAUUUGAGAAUUCAAAUCUUCGAUGCUUUUUUUUUUUUGUAUCUUUACAGUUAUUAAUUUUAUCAAAUUAAAAUCAAAUUCAUAUCCGAAGUACUACUGAAUUAUAAAAGUAAUCGAAAAAUUAUAAUUUAUGUUUUUUUUUGAUCAAUUAUAUUUUAUAAUCAAAUUUGUACGUUUAAUAACGCAUCACAAUGAAAUACCACUAUAAAAGUGUCGUUUAUUAUCAGGUUUUCAUAUUUAUUAAAACAUCAUAUUAAUACAUUACUAUUUAAAAAUAAUUAAAAACAUUUUUUUAAUACAUACAAGACCGUGGUUGAUAUUGAUAUAAUAUUAUGUUCUUUUGUGGUUGAUCUUAACAUAUGCUUAUCAUUAAGUUCGUUUUCAACGAUUGAUAUAAAGUAAUUAAUUUUCAACCAUGGUAUUCUGAGAACUUGAAAUUUUUUUUAAAUUAACCGUUAAAACAAUUUUUAUUUUUGGUUUUUCACGUUAAAAAAUAUGACGAUAUAAUUUUAAACUUCUUUUUUUCAUUAUAUAUUUAUAUCAUACCGUUAUAAAAUCGAUAUAAUAAAAUACUAAUAAUAGUUACAUAAAUACAGAUACAGCUGGUGUAAUAGGAGUGGUCGCCCUCCUAAAAUAUGCUCCGGGUUUUACUAUGGUUUUUUUUUCUGUUUGUUAAUAACUUUUCUUAUAGAAAUCUUUUUCCGGUUUCCGAAAGCAGAUUUUGUCUAAUCAGCGUAUUGAUGAGGUAAUUUUUUUGAUUUUCCUCAUAGUUCGUAAUUUGAUGUAGUUUAGUGAUUAACUCGAGCGCAUUUUAACGACAUAGUGAUUUUAAUUUUUUUGUAAACGUUGAAAGUUCAAAUUUUUAUGAAAACCGUAAAAAUCAUGGCAUUUUAAAACACGUUUAACUUCGUUCAGAAUUGUUUUUCCUUAGGUAGGUUCGCCACGAUUUAUCUUUGCACACAUGUAUAAAUUAAAUUACUCUAUAUUUAUAUUCGUUUACCUCCCCAACUUUCCGCCUAUAACAGUGGCACACCCGUCAGCAGUGUCAGGCGUUUUAUUUUUGUUUUUUCUGGUUUUCUGUUUAGAGCCGGGACUUGGCUAUAUUUCCAUAAACACAGUCGAUGCGUGUACCUUCGUCAAAUAACAAUAAUUACUUUUCUAACAACGCACGUACAGUUUAUUUGUUUCAUGAAUUUGACUACAUUUGAGUGAACGAACAGUGUUUGAGUGCGUUUACUGUUUGGCACCGAAACGGCCGUUAUUUCUAGAUAGGAUCUCAUGUAUACGUAUACAAAAUUUUGUUUGAUUUAUGAAUGUUUCGUUUUGAUUUUCAAGAUAAAUAUGAUGUGAUCGUGAUAUUUUGUAUACUGUAACGGUCUAAUCGAUCACGUUUGAAAAUCCUAAACGAUUAUCGUGACGAAAUUAGUAAAAAAAAAAAAAAAACCAGUUCGCCGUAUACGAAAAUGAGCAUGUACCAAUCGUUUUAAAUAAAAUCUCGUUCCUUGACCUCCCUAAAAUACAAUACAAUUGCAGAACAGUUUAUUAUAUUAUAAUAAAUGUAGAAUGAAUGAUGUGACGGAAAUUCGUAAUCUGAUUAGAACAUCUUUGACGUCAUUACACAGAACGAUAUGUCAUAUAUUAUGAGUAUAAUUUUAUGGAUUAAAAGACUUCCACGUACUAUAAUUUUUUCAUUCAGUGAUAAUUACGAAUUUCUACGAAUCUCCGGGCAUAGUUUUCAUAUUCUCUGACCUUUUGAAAUGAUGUAAGAAGUAGUGAGUUAUUGUAACGUUUAACGUUACGCUUGCAAAUUAUUUCGAUUUGGGUGCUUUCAUGCAAAUCUGAACUUAUAACUAUUACAGUAUUGUCACAGUUCAGUGGCGUGUAAAAUAUAUUUUUUGAUUAGGAGCGUAGCGAGGGAUAUAUUCGUUUUACUAUGAUGUAUGCUUUUUAUAUUUUUUUUUGUCUGUGGGCAACUUUUCUACCAGAAAACUUUCUCCGAAGUAUCAAGUGUAGCACUUUUUCUGGAAGAAAAUUUCCUCUAGUUGGUGUAUUAAGAGGUGAUUUAUUGACUUUCUAAAGGGUUUUCGAAAUAAUUUGGAAAACUCGAAAGACAAUUAUAGAUGAAACGGAAAAUAUUUACGGCGCGCUACGAUGUUACCGAUUUCAUUGUUUGUAAUAUUUGCAACUUUCUAAUUUCUAAUUUGUUCCUAAUAACAUAUAGUCACUGAAAAAGAAAGUCUUUUAUAGAUAUGGAAAUUAUUUUUAUUAUAAUUAGAAAAAAUCAAAAAAGACAAAUAAUACGAUUUUUUUUUCCAAAUAACGGCACAACGAUUUCAUUAUUAACGAUUUUAUAUUUUUACGGCUUAAAGUUUUUAUUAUAAAUAUUGCUACAAUGGAAAAACGACAGAAGACUUUUUUUUUUUUUUAAAUUUUUAAUCUAAUUGGUGCCUCUUAAGAAAGUCUUGAACACUUGAACCCUAGGUUACACGCCACUUGGCUCCAGCAAUCAUUUCUUUUUUUUUGUUAAGUCCAAUAAUUUUAUUAGCUACUUCUAGUAUGAACAAAAUCAGUAGAUAAUAUAUUUUUAUUGGUUAUUAAUUUAUUAUACUAUUAUUAAUUUAUUAUACUACAAACUCAUUGUACUAAUGUUCGUAAAUUUAGUCCACAAAAUAAUAUUGUUUUGGGAAAAAAAUGUCCAAUGUUGAAAAUUGAAAUUGUUUAUCAUUUUUACCAGUCUUUUUCUGUCUACGGGUUUUUCGGGAAUACCUAACCUAAAAAUUAUUCUGUAGAUAUGUUUUUUUUUUUUAGUAAAGAAUUUCAUAUGGGUAACUUCCUCAAUUAGGCACCUAUACACACGUCACUUUUACCACGAUGACCUUCGAAAUAAAGUAGUUUUUGUUAAUAUAAUAAAUUACGUGAAUUCAUCGUUUUAAUAGCAACCGAUUUGCUCGAACUGAAAAUCGUUAUUGUGGGUAUACUGUUUUUAAAUUUUGAAUAUGGAGAGGAAUGUGUUGGUUUUUCUAUGAUGCGGUUUAUUUUUUGUUCCAGAUUUUCAACCAGAAAUCUUACGCUAAUCAUGUGUAGUAUCUUUUAUAAAAUUAAAUUUCGAAAUCAUUAGAAACGUCAUUUUAUGAUUUGCCUAAAUUUUCUUAAAAAUUGAGGAAAAACGUAGUUUCUGAGUUACCUAUGUUACCUAAGUUACCUAUGGAUAAAAGGAAAAAAAUGAGCCGAUAAUGGGGACGGGUUAUAGGCGAGAUGUUGGAAAGGUAGGAUACAAAAAAAUAUUAAAUUUAUAUCUGUAGGUACGCAACGAUAAUCUAUUGCUAAAGAAAAACGAUUCGGACCAAAAUUUGGCAAGAAAUAUUUUGAAAUGCAAUAAUUUAUAUGAUUUUCGACAAAAUUUGAUCUUAAAACGCCUAUGAAAAAAAAAAAACUAAUGCAUUUACCUGUUAACCUAACCUAACCUUUGGCAUUUUACUUAUAUCGGGUGAUUCAUUAAAGUGGGUACACUCAUUAUCUCGGAAAGCAUUAACUUUUUAUAGAUUUUGUUUUCUAGAACAUUUUAGAAGCAAGCUGCUCUACAAUUUUAUAUUUAUGUUAUAUUUUGUCACCCUAAUUUUUGGGGGUAAAACCACUACCUACUUUUAAUUUUCAAAUAGCAACCUAUAUUAAAAUAUCCAUAAAUAGACGGAGUAUCAGUUAAAAUAAAUGUCAGUGUUGACAUUUUUGAUUUCUGUUGCUAAUUGAAAAUCAAUAGUAGGUAGUGGUUUUACCUCUAAAAAUUACAUAAAUAUAAAAUUGUUGAACAACUUGCUUCUUAAAUGUUCUAGAAAACAUAUUCUAGAAAAAUUUUUUACUUUCCGAGAUAAUGAGUGUACCCACUUAAAUGAAUCACCUGGUAAUUUCUCCUCUGGUUUUUUCCAAUUAUUUUGUAAACCAUUUAAAAAAAUCAAAAAAUGGCCUCCGAUUGCAACAACUAUAGAAAAUUUUCAUCCAGAAAAAGUGCUACACUUUAGAAAGUUUUCUGGUAGAAAAUUUCUUCAUAGACAGAAAAAAAAACAUUUGGUAAAACUAAUAGUUUCUUUGCCACGCUCAGAGUCUAAAACAUGACACAUAUUACUAUAUCUAGAAUCGUUUUUUUCGUUUUCCAUGACUUAAAGUUGCAUUCAGUAUAUAAACUAAGUUACCACCUGUAUAUUUUAUCUUCUCAGCCACCCAUCAGUGGCUUCAUAAUAUCAGUGGCCUAUCUGUGAGCAGUAUAACCUUCUUUUUGGUCUUUUGAAAGGUGAGGUUAUAUUGACAUUUAAAAUUAAAAUAAUUUUUGUCCUAUACCACCGUGUUUUAUCAAGAUUCUCAUAUUUUUAUCUUUAUAGGUACCUAUUUUCAGAUGAAAAAUAUUUUAAUUCAUAUAAUACGUAAUAUUUAUUCUUGGAACAAAGACGGUUCGAUAUAUCUUACAGUGUAGCUGAAAAAAUUUCUUGUUUACCUUGGAUAUAUUUUGUUUAUAUGCAACUUCGACUACAUUAUCCACCGGGCAGAAUUGUCUUUGUUACAUUAUGUACUACGCGAAUAUUUGGUAAGAAAUAUUGUUCAAAAUUAUUCUCUUUUAUAUGAAUAACAGAACAAUAUUUUGUAAUAUUCUCGUUAUGAUAAUGAACAUGUUUUAGAUUCUGAGCAGCACGAGGAGUGUAUCGGUUUUACAAUGGUAUGUAUUUAUUUCUAGAUUCUGAAUGUAGCGAAUAAUGUAUUGUAUUGGUUAUACAAUGCUGUUUAUUUCUUUUAAUUUUCUUUUAACUUUCUAAUUACUUCUUUAAUUUUAUUAAUUUGUUUACACUUUGUACAAAAAUUCUAUCAGAAGUGUCAUGAAGAAUUCUGCUCCAAAGUAUCAUAUAUAGUUUUCUGAAAUGGAAUUUUUCUUGGGUGGGACUUUAAGGGGAUCAUUUUUUGAUUUUCCAAAAGUUUUCCCAGUAAAUGGAAAAAAACCGAGGAAAAAUGAGAAAAUGUACGAAAUGUAGUUAUUAGUUAAGGAAUAUUACGAGCUUUUUUUCCCAGUAAACAAUUUUUCUACCAGUAAUUUUGCUCCGAUUUACAAUGAUAGAAUUUUUUCUGAAAGGAAAUCUGACUGGGGAAAUACUUAGAGGAGCCAAUUAGAGGUAAGUACUUAAAGGUAAUUUUUUGAUUUUCUCAGAGAUUUUCAUAAUAAAUGGGAAAAACUUGGAAAUCUGGAAAAUGUACGAAAUUUAUUUUUUUAAAAUCGUACAUUUUACUGCAUUUCAAAAACAUGAAUAACCGAACUUUGCUCAGAAUUGUUUUUCGUUUCUGAUGAAUAAUCUUUGUGUGCAGAUAUAAAUUAAAUUUCUUUUCUAUCUUGUGCCCUUGGGUACUUGCCCCGUUUUGCUUAUAUAAGCACGUAUCUGAUUAAAUUGUUUUUUUUGACACUCUGGCGAUGUUCAUUUUCAAUAAACAUCGUUAAUACGGACGUACAUCUGAUAUGUUUUUAAAAUAUAGUUAUAUAUUUCCUAAUAAACGUAGAUUAUAAAAUUAAUAUUUUAAUAUUUUUACUUAUUCGUUCGUUAAUUUUUUUUAUCCUAUUAUCGUUUGCAGCAUAUAUCAAUCAAAUGGAAAAAAAGAAAUGAGUCGCUCUAUAACCUUACAGUCUUGAUAAUAAAAGUAAUGUCAAUGACGCAAUGACGAUAAAUUGUAUUCAAAAACAAAAAAAAAAAAAAAGGUAGACAAAUAUUAAUAGUUAACGUUGAUAUAAACACAAUAAAUUACUCAAAUGGAAAUUUUACGCAGAAAAAAAAAUACAAUUCAAAGUAAUGUUUGCGUUUUCGAUUUAUACAUUUUAUCUGCUAGUGAUUUGUAAUCUACUACACACAAGUUAUUGCAUUCACAUAGGAAUAUUCUUUAAUUUAUUAAUCUUUACGACUGUUCAUUCAUCGAAAUAAAAAAAUAGUGAUUUAUUGUAUUUGAAUUUAUCGAUUACUAGUUGUCGAGCUCGGCUGUGUAUUUACGGACCAUAUUAUUUGAGUUCAGCCCAAGUGGUAUCUAAGUACGCAACUCGUCGAGGUUUUCCGUCGACUAGAUUUUUGGUUUACACUUAGGGCGCUAUAACUUUCUUGGAGCAGUUUUAGGUUUGAACCGUAAAAUAGAUUGAAAUAGUUAAAAUUCCUGAAACCUCCUAAAACUCCUAUAACCAAUUCGGUUACGUUUCGGUUUGGGUUGAAAUCGGAUAGGGUUAGUAAGUUGGCCAUCUGACGUCACUUGAACCAAUAAAAUUAUCAUUAUUUUUCGACCAUAUUAAAAGACAAUGUUUAAUACUUUUUUUUUUAAAAAAUCAAUAAAAUAAAUUUAAUUUAAUAUAUUUCUCCAUAUCAUCCUUGUCUCGCUUUUUAUUUAAGCUGUGUGUUCCACUAUUAUUAUGUGACAUCAGUGUUAUCAAUAACCCCAUAAGUUGACAAUAAUAAUUAGAUUUUCGUUCCGAAAUUAUUAAAAAAUCCACGUUAACCAUUCAUUAGUGAUUGCAUUUUGGAAAUGUACGUAGACCCAUUUAUCCGCUUCCGCAUGUUAAUUUUCAGACAGGCAAACAUUUCUUUAUAUUAUUAUUGAUUAAUUAUUUAUAAUAAAUGUAAUUAUUUUUAUAUUCUGAGUGUAGCGAGGAAUGUAUUGGUUUACAAUGAUGAUUAUUUUUUUUUAAACCGUGUAUAAAAUUUAUACUAGAAAUAUUGCUCCGAUGUAUGAAGUGGAAGCACUUUAAUAUUAUGUUUUAUAGGUAUUCUUUAUUAAUCUGGAUAAUCAAUCGUUCUAUUUAUGAUUUCUAUAACGUCUUUAUUUUAUCAUUAUAAACAGUUUUUGUGAUCAUCGCUGGUGAUAAAAUACGUAUAUAACAACUAUAUUAGUGAAACUUUCAUUUUGCAUUUCGUUUUAUCGUUUUUGGAGAAUUGUUUAACAUUUUUUUUGUCGUUUUUUUUAAGGGUAUUAUUUCACUACACAUACAUUUUAUGGUAUAUUUGGCAAGUGGUAGAGAAACAAAGCUGAGUUGCCAAUUCGUCGCCUCCCCUGUAGAGAAUGACUAAAUACGCCCCCGUAAUAAUAUAAAUUGUUUCCGUGUGUGAAACAUUAAUAUUUAAUAAUUAUAUUAGAAUAUUUCGUUCGUUUUGUAACGAUAUUACAUCGCUUUUCUGAAUAGAAUAUCGUAUUUCUAUUUUUAGCAACGGUCUGAUGCGUGUUUGGUUGCCCGGUUAUGUCUGAACGGCGACCUCCGGUUUACCGGCGUGGUGGCGUAUUAAGUCCCCUACUUGACACAAGCUGCAGACUGUCCGAAUGGAAUUCCGUGAUCGGCUCUUUGAUUAGUUAUCACAAAUGUAUUAUAUCUAUAAACACGAUUUCAUUGAUAACCCCUCGUUUCAAGUGGGGUACGUUAGUAUGCGACCUGGCGAACUAUAUUCGGAUUGCCUACGUUCGUUUUAUUCUAGGCGUUUUUUGAAGGUUAACGGUAUUUCAGAUUUUUUUUUGAUGAACGUAAACAAUUUUUCGACCACAAAUAUUGUCUUAAUUAUCAAGUUUUGGAAUGUCUUCUGGUAGAAAAUAUUGUUCUGUUGGUGUAUUUUGGGGAGGGGGUAAUUUUCGGAUUUUACUUUUUUUAAUAAUUUAAAUCGAGGAAAAUCGAAAAAAAAACCAUUGUUAAAACAUCGGUUUACAUAAUGUUUAAACGAGCUUAAAUUGUUUCUUGUUUGCAAUGAUUUAUCGUUGCAUACAGUAUACAAAUUAAAUUGCUUAAUAUUAUUUCCUACCUCUUCCCACGUAAUUUUUUUUUUGACUGACACCAAUAAACACCGAUUAAGAAUUGUACUGAGUAUUUGAUAUUAUUUAUUGACCUUGGCUUUUUUUCUAAAGCAUUUAACUGUCAUAAUCAGUGGUUAUAUGGUGUUAUCAUUUGAAGGUAAAUAAACUACGUCAGAGACGAACUACUACGAAUCAAAACACUAUACACAAUUGUAUAAUGGACCUACUAUUAAACGGCUUUUAUUAAACUAAUGCAUUUUAAUUUAAUCAAAAACAAUAUUGAAAUCGUUUCGUCAUUUUCGAAUCAUUUAGUUUGAUGGUGAACCAUCAAACUAAACGUUGUCAAAAUAAUAUUUCAAAAUUUUAGUGUAUUACUCUUUGAUAUGUAACCACUUUCCAUAAUUCUUUUAAGAAUAAUGAUGCUAGGAAGAAAUAAAUAAACGGCACUAGUGGGAUACAUAUAACAACUUAUAAAUUUCGUAUCAUUAAUUCCAUUAUAUAAAAAAAAUCUAGUUAAAAAAGUAGAUUAUGUAGAGAAAAAUUUAAUUUAAAUCUGUACGCGACGAUUAAUUAUCGGUAAGAAUACGAUUCUAAGCGAAAUUCGGUUAAACAUGCUUUAAAAUUUCGUGAUUUUACGAUUUUGGUACAAAUUUUACCAUAAAUCAUUUUAUUAAAUUACGUUUAACUUUUGUUUCGUUUUACCACUGACUUAUACGUAUAAGACUUAUGAUGAACUUCUUGUUAAUUUUUUAAAAGUUUUGGUUAGACCAAAAUACAAUUAUGUCCAUAUAAAAUCAAAUCAAAUAAAACUAAAAAAAACUCAAAAAUGUCAACUUAGGUUAAUAGCGUCUAAAAAAUGCUAAUUUAAGUGGUUUGUGAAAAUUUCGGAUCUCUAUCUUUACGAUUAGUGUUAACCGAUUUACAAUUGAAACUGAAAAAACUAUUGCGUACGUCUAGACCAAAACACCAUUAUUGACCUCAUUUUAGUGUUCGAUGAGAUGUUUAACGAGGAGUUCAUAAUAUUAUUGUGGCGGCAACUUGCACAAUAAUUUCCAGUGACAUCCCCGGAAAAAAAAAAAAAUAUUGAGAGUCUUGACAGCUUGUAUGCGACCGCGACGUUCACUAAAAUAUCUAUCUUUACUAAUUGCGAUAUAUGCUAGGCGUGUUUCGGUGAUUCAGUUUUGAGUAACCCGGUUGCAAAUUUCGCGAACAAACUGUCUCGGUUAUAUUAUUUGACGAUAACUGAACGCGUUUUUCGACAACCGGGUUGCUGGAAUUAGUAAACGAUCGAAAAUUAAGUUUACAGCCGUUUUCGUUUACUGGUUGUCUAUUGCUCCGCAAUAAACGAAACGUUUUGGCAAUAUUGCAACCGUGUGGCGGAAACAGUGAACAAUGCGGCAAAAUAAUAUCGUUUACCAAAAACUGCAUCGCCCAAAAUACGCAAAUUGAUAACGAUAAUAAUAACACUGUUCCUGGCGGUUGCAGCUACACUGGGAGCGGUCGCCAACGGCACGAUACUCGGAUGGUCAUCGCCGGCCCAGGUCAUGUUGGAGUCCGAGAACCAAGUAUCGUUUCCGGUGACCGACAAGGACACUCAGACGUUCAGUUCGGUGUUCGGCAUCGGCGCCGCGCUGGGUGCCCUGCCGGCCGGCUACGUGUCCGGGCUGUUUGGUCGCCGGACCAGCAUGAUGCUGUUCGAGGGGUUUCUGCUCGUCGGCUGGAUCAUAUUGGUGUAUCCCACGUCCGUCUGGAUGCUGUCCGUUGGCCGGGUGCUGCAGGGCAUAGGCGCGGGCGCCCUGUGCGCCAUCAUACCGUCGUACGUGGGCGAAAUAGCCGAACCCCAGAUGAGAGGUACCAGACCGAAACCUAAACUAAUCUAACCUAACUUAAAAUUAUCGUUUAAGACCGUAGUCGAGACACCAUUGCGCUAUUAAAUACGGUCGCUUACACGUAUAGUUUUGGUGUACAUAUAUACGUGUUUUAUCCGAUAUUUAAAGCGUUGAAAAAUCAUAAUUAUCAUCGAUUAAAAAAAAACUUAAACAAAUGUUAUUAAUUUAAAAACAAAAACCGUAAAAAAAAAUAAUUGUAAAUCUUUAAAAAAAAACCCUGUACAUUUUCGAUAUUUGACAUACGGAGUGUUCCAUUUAAGUGGGUACACUCAUAAUCUCGGAAAGCAUUAACUUUUUUCGGAAUUUGUUUCAUAGAACAUUUAAGAAACAAGCUGCUCAAUAGUUUUACAUUUAUGUUAUUUUUAUUUUUGGACGAACUCAAAAGUAGAAUAUUUCGUCAACGGACUGACUAAAAAUGUCAACACUAAAAUUUAUUUUAAAUAAUAUCCCAUAUAUUUAUUUAUUUUCUAAUAUAGGUUACCAUUUGAAAACCAAAAGUAGAUAGUAGUUUUACCCCUCGAAUUAAGGGUGACCAAAAAUAACAUGAAUGCAAUAUUGUUGAGCUGCCUGUUUCUUAAAUUUUCUAUACAAAAAUCCGAAAAAGUUCAUACUUUCCGAGAUAAUGAGUGUAACCGUGUGUAACCAACGGGACUUUCUGUAUAACAUACGCCCGAUAAAGUUCGGUUUUAGGUACUCUGAAAAAAGAGGAAAUAAUGUUAAAUAAUACAAAUGAAAUAGCAAAUGCCUCUAUCUUCUAAGGGACGCACGAUAAUUCAAGAUCGUCUGUUUAUGUGAUUGUUAGUCGUGAAUCAUGAUUGCUUAUGUAUUAUACACAUUGAUAAGUUUCAAUAUUUUCUAAUAGUGAUGGAUUUUAAAAACUUUUGUCAAUCAUAACGAUUGGCAAUUUCGAUCGACCACGUAUAGUAAUAUUUUUGACAGCGUUUGUUUCUGAAUAAUCUGAAUUGAAGAAUCAAUUGUUGUUCUACGAAUUCGCGGUCGAUCAUGGAUGUUAAACACGACAUGCACGAAACUGUCAAUUAAGCUUGGAAUAAGACAUUUAGAAGCCCAAGAGCCAACAUUUUUAAAAGACCCUCAAAAACAGUAAUAAUAAAAAAAAAAAAUUGCAAAAUUCAUUACUAUUAUUGCUAAAUAUGUUUUAACAAAAUAAAAAUAAUACUUAGUAUAGAGAUCUAGUAGUUUCCGUUAAAGAUCACCAACAAAAAGUUAUUUAAAACAGUAUUGGCAAAAACUCAGGUCCCUUGAGAUGUUUUUCCUGGGGCUUUGGUCUCCCCCAGACCCCUUAUAAUCGGGACUUGCCGUCAAUCAAAAAAAAAAAAAAAACCGACAAUCUUGAACGUUCGUGUGCGGGGGUCCUUUACGACCGCGGUCCCGAACACCGUAUUACUCUUGGCUAAUGUAAAACAAUACGUCGCCGCAGGUCGUCUGGGUACGGUGUUUCAAUUUCUCAUUGUCGCCGGUAUACUGUUUUCGUACACGUUCGGCGCGUUCCUGAAGUACGUGCCGUUUUGUCUGCUGUGCGCCGUUUGGGUGCUGUUGCACUUGCUCGGCGCCCUGUGCAUACCCGAGUCGCCGUACUACCUGAUGGGCAAAAACCAUCCCGAGCGGGCGGCCGCCUCUCUGCAGACACUCCGGGGCUCGUCCGAUACGACCGAAGAACUAGCCGCCAUCAAAGUAAAUAUUCUAAAAUAUAUUUUUCACGUGUGUCGGAUUUUUGUAGGACUGUCCGUAACGUAUGGAUAGAUUCUGAUAGCGGGAAUAUGUUGUCAGAUAAAUAUUCAAAGUUAGUCGGUGCGGUAGUAUGUCAGUGCGAUAGACAUUCUUAAUAUUCGUUAGUCGAUUGUUUUAAAAUAAUCUAUACCACCGGCGAACCGGCAUUAUCAAUAUUAAUGUGUCAUUAAAUAUUUUAAUUUAAUGUUUUAAAACUAAACAUUUUUGAAAUAUAUAAACAGCAAUGUUAUUUUUAAUUCCAAUUUGUGUAUGUAUAUUUUCAAAAUGUUCUUAUUAAGUCGAAGUUAUAAUGUUUUGAAACCAAUUGGACUAAAACAUUACUAUAAUGUAAUAUGUAAUUUAUCGAUAAAAAUAUUAUUUUAAAUUCUGAUUUAAAUAUUUCUAGAACAGUUUCACAACGUUAAAGCAAAAAUAUUACAUUUCUAGUAUAGCUGAAAUUUUACAACAAUAUUAUACAUUCGAUAUAAUCAUUAGAACACUAUUAAAAUGUAAUAAUAAUAAAAAUUAUAAAAUAUUUCAGUUUUAAGAUCGGUAAAAUAUUUCUAAAAUAUCAAUCAUAACGAUUUUGCUGUCUGGGUAUAGUUUCGAAUAUAUCAAAUGAAUCGAUAUUAACGAUAAUUAAAAAAAAAAUAGUAUAGUGAAAUGACAGCGAGAUAACGGUUAUUGAUAAAGUCGGUGAUAUUAAUAUAAUCGAGUAUCGAUACUAUCGAUUAAUCGUGUUUGCUAGGUGCGAUGCUCCGGAACCAUCCGCACUACACAACCAACAGAUACGUUUAAAACACUUGAUUAUAUGGGUUUUUUUUAUUUUGUUUUUUUUUUUUUUUUAGGAUUUCAUCGAACAACAAAAGGCUCAAAGUUACACUAUUUCGGAAGUGCUCUCUGACAAGACCAACCGCAAAGCAUUGUUGAUCAGUAUCGGAUGCAUGUUUUUCCAACAAAUGAGCGGCAUAAACGUAGUGAUAUUCUACAUGACCGACAUAUUCGAAUCGACCGGUAGUAACAUCAGUCCGAACGCUUGUACCAUAACCGUCGGUAUCGUGCAGGUAAAUCAAUAAUAACGCGUCGUCGUAACACUCGUAUUAAUAUUAAAAUAUAACGCGAUAGGAUCGCGCCCCUAGAACAAGACUGCCACAACUAAAAAAUAUUAAUAGGAUAGGAUAUUAUGUUAGAGUCGAACAUCAAGUUCUUCUAGCCGUUUGACCGCCGUUAGUACACAAUUAUGCAGUGCUCCUAUUCCACCUUCACAUCUUGUUCUACAGCGCUCCUCGACAAUAUGGCUUGUUGUCUUUAUGACGCCCCACUGGGGAAUCGGUCACUCCUCAUUUGUGUAGGAGAUGGUUACACCUUUAGUUUGAUAGUUGUACCGUAUGUUUUAUUUUCAUCUCAUAUACUGUUAAUAUUAGUUUAUAAUAAAAAUAAUAAGGUAAAAACAAAAUUGUUAAAAUGGUUAAUUCGUUUUAUUGAACGUCAAAUGCAUAAAUAAAUAAACUGCCACAACUCGAAAUGUCUAGUUUUGAGAAAAAGCAAAGUUUAUUUUGAGAUGUGGCUGUAUUGCGUUAAUUUUAAGAUAACCAUAUUCCAAAAUAUGACAGUAUUGCACUGAACAUAUUGGGGAUAUCAUUACCAGAAAAUUAUUUUUUAUGUGGCAAAAAAAAAGUCACAAAUCAAAAUAAGGCAGUCUUGAAUUUUGAAUUCGGAUAACUAAAUAGAACUUAAAAAUCAUAAAGUAAAAUAUGACUCCGUUGCUUUGAAAAUUAGCUAAAAAUUAAAUAACUCUAUACUGACACAUAAUUUUAGCGGUGGAAUGAAGCGUUCUUCCAUCGUAAAUUGCUGAUUUUUUACUAUUCAAAAGUGGUCAUGUCUCAAAAUUGAUACAUUUUGAGUUGUAUAUUAUACCAAACGGCGAAAACCUAAUAUCGCACUCCUAUUCAAGAGUAUGGGUCCGGGUCAAUAUCCCGACCAGAUUGAGAUCCCGACCAAGUUGAAAUUCCGACGGUUUAAAUCCCAACAGUUAAAACGCCACAUACCGAAUAUGUAAGGUGUUGGGAAAAUAAUUAUUUUGUGAAUAUUUGUUUGGUAUAAUAAGGUUUUUAUUGCAAUUGUAGACAAUAAUAACGCAAAUCAGUAUAUUCGGUUUUAUUUAGAAACAACGUACAAAUCAGGGUUGCCGAAAUACAGAUUAAUAAAGAAAGGCAUUUUUUUUUUUUAAAAGUGUUUUUAAUUGUGAAAAAUUGUGUGUGUAUUAAGUAGGUCUUUUUUUCUUUUUUUCUUGUCAAUAUUGUAAUAAGAGAUGACUAUAAAUAGCAUUUUAUUAUUAUUACUUAAGAACAAAAUAACAGUUGAAAAAAAUGUUACUUUUUUUGAAAAAGUUAUAUUAACUGUUAAACAGGUGUUUAAACACUUCGCAACCAUAUUCACUUAUAAUGCAUUUGUCAUUUUUUUGUUUGUCCUAGUUAAUCAUGACAAUGGUGUCUUUGUCCAUAAUAGACAAAAGCGGCCGAAAACUCUUAUUAGUGAUCUCGUCCCUGCUGAUGGCGGUCUGUUAUGCGGGAUUGGGUGGCUUUUACUUGAUAAAAAAAUAUAAUUCAACACUGGCCAAGGAUCUCUACUGGCUACCGUUGCUCUGUAUUGCCGUCUACAUUUCUGCAUUCUCCAUCGGCUCCGGCCCCGUCCCUUGGGUGUUGAUGGGCGAGAUAUUCUCGUCGGAGGUAAGUAUCGGUUAUUUCGCCAAAAAACAAAAUUAUAAUAAUAAUAAUAAAAUUUAUUUCGACUUGUUUGUAAAAAAAAAAAAAAUAACUCGACAAUGUAGAUACUAACGAAACGACGAAAUCUAAUAAAAAUAAAGCCUUUUUCUAAAAAAUAUUUCCAUUAAACAAUGUUACAGCGAUUUAAGUUUGUGAUGCACGUGUAAUAUUUCUGUAUGACAAUUUUUUGAAAAAAAAACCCUACUCAACGCACUCAAACAUAUUCUUCUGUUUAUAUUUUUCGUUAUUUUUGUUUAAACUCUCCAUUUGAAACCUAAACACAAUUAAUGCUUUAAGUAACGCAAUUUCGCCAUGUUGGCUAGUUUAGCUAGCGUUUUAACGAUACGGUAAAUGCGCGUGUAUCGGACUCUGAAAAUGAAAAAAAACGAUUAUUAUACAAUUUAGCCUGUUGCAAUAAAUGUUUCAUUGUACAACACUAAUUCUCUACAAUUAGUUCUCAACAAUUUCUUCAGGAAAUUCAAAUAAAACUCACUUUUCGUAAAAAAAAAAAUCCACGUAAAACUUGUAUUGCUUUUUAAAGGUUUGAUUACUUUAAUUUGAUAACAUUUUUUUUGAACGGUCGCAAAAUGCUAUUAUUAUUCUCACGCACGUUUCAAAUUUCAUGACGCUUGUUAUAAUUUUUUCCCAAAUUCAAUUUAACUAGUUUUCGAUUUCUCCAAAGUGUUUACCUAACCUAUGUGCGCGAUUAAUUUUUGCUAAAGGAACAUGUCAAGUCGUAAAAUAUUACGAAUUAAUACGUGCGGCAACAAUUAUAGAAAACAUUUUUAAAUAGAUAUUUUUAGGCCAAGGUUACCAUUCUGGGCCACAAGUAACGGAUGUAUUGGCUGCAUCACUGGAGGGGUAUCUCAUAAUUCGUAUUAAUAUUUCGAAAGUGAUUUUAAUCGGAAAACAAUUUACCAAUAUUAUUAUUAUAUUAUAUUAUACUUAACGAAGUUGUUUUUUUUCUUCUGAGAAAUAUUUUUAGAUUAACCGUUUCGUACGCCGAGACGAUAUUUUUUAAUUUUAGAAUAUUUACAUAGGUACACAAUGAUAAUUUCCGUUAACUCGUUCACGAGAUAUUCCACUUAUAAGUUUAGGCAGGAGAUUAGGUUUGGUUAUUAGCGGAACACUAAUAAAAUGUCUCACAGAUAAUACUCCUUUACUCUUCCCUUACCAAAUUUUAAAAGCGGAAUAACUCGUUAACGGGUUGACAGAAAUCAAAAAUUUUAACACCAAAAUUUAUUUAACGUAAUACACUGUCUAUUUACGGAAAUUUUCUUGUUUGAAAAACCAAAGUUGGUAUCGCCAUUUGCCACAGUAUAGUACUUGAAUAUUGCGAAAAAUCUUAGUGCAAAGUUUAACCAAACAAAUGGGAUGAACACACUUAGUGAAUCAUCAUGUACAUCGGGGCAAGAUUUCUUUUCGAAAAAUUGUUUACAGACAGAAAAAAAAAAGCACUUUUUAUUGUAAAACGAAAAAGUCAAUAACCACUCACCGCGUAGGCAUACGAUAAUAAAUGAACCAGACCCCUACCCCUCUUCUAACGCGUACAAUAUCGAGUGAGAAAGAUGGCGAUAGUUCGGAACAAUCAUCGAUGAAAUUAUUAUGAAUAAUAAUAAUAAUUUCACGGCGCAAAUACAAAUAUUGAACAAUUUCUCACACGAAUGCCACCAAAUAGUAUACACAUAUCCCUCACUCGAUAUCGGUUAAAUGUUUUCUCCCAUAUGCGCAGUCCAUUUUUUAACAUACCCGCGGUAUAUAGAACAACUGUCGCCAAACGAUGCCAAAUAAAAACUAGUAUACCUAUAUAAUGUUAAAUUAUUAAUGUCCAUAUGAAUAUUGUUGACAUUUGUUUCUCCGGGAUUUCAGGUGAAACCGAUCGGUACGAGUCUGACCACAUGCACCAACUGGACGUUAGUGUUCGUAGUGACGUACGUGUCCAACGAGCUGACCCAUUGGCUCGGUUCUUCCGGUUGUUUUCUGACGUUCAGCGCGUUCUGUUUGAUGGGCGCCGUGUUCGCAAUGGUCAUCGUCCCGGAAACCAAAAACAAAUCUCUGGCUGAAAUCCAACUCAGACUCGUCGGUAAACGAGCGGCCGCUCCUCGUGCUGCGGUUUCGUCGAUAGCUAUGACGGAGACGACGACGCAAUUACCGACGGUGGUGACGGAUUUACCGACGGUGGCGACGGAUUUACCGACGGUGGUGACGGAUUCACCGACGGUGGUGACGGAAGAGGCAAAGGUCCAAGAGACUUCGGAAAUUCCGUGAACCCGACCACCAAAAACCUUGGCAUGCAAGUGUAGUUAACAUGUUAGAUUCCGCGGGGUUGUAACAACGGCCUUAAUAUAAUGCGAUUUGUUUUUGUUUUUUUAAUCUCAAUUAAGACUUAUUGUAAUGUGCGUUUAAAAGGUUAGGUUAGGUUAAAAAAAAAAUAAAAAAAAAAUAUGCAGUUUUUAUACCUUAGAAUUUCGCACACGUCACAAUUUCAACUUUUAAAUUUUAAUAUUUUAGUGUCUUCGUCUUGUUUUCAAUCGUUUUUUUUAUCGGUAUGCUGUAGUUUUCCGUGCAUUUUUAAUGCAACUUAAUUCCUUAAACUCCUUAUUGUAUUCAUAUUUAUACGUGUCUAUUAUGAUCUGUUUCAUUUGGUCCUCUAUCCUUAAUCGUUCACUUUUGAUAUGACCUACGUCGCUUUCUAUCUUAUGCAUUUAGUUAAGCUAUACCGUGAAGCUGCGUAGAUGUCCUAUAAUUUUGUCUUUUCUUACUUUUAUAUAUUUACAUCAAAGUUCUUUUUUUUCACAGUGGCGUAAUUGGAUUAACUUUCGGAGAGGAUAAUUUUUUUUUUAAAAUUGUUUAAAAGGUUGUUACGAACUUAUAAAUUAAUACUUAUUUUCAGGGGGGGAGGGAUAGAGGUUAGAAAAGUAAUUUUAUCACAAAUAUAAUAGUGCAAUACUCAAAGACAAUAAAUGGAUAAUUGGUAGAAUAAUUAAUAAAAUAAUUCCAUAAUCACGACACUGUUUUUCUUCAUUCCGUUCAGUACUUCUUCGUUACUUCGUUAGUGUUGUUAUUUCUAUCCAUUUUAAUCUUAAUAUUCGUUCGAUAACACCACAUGUUUAAUUGCCUCUAGUUUUAUUUUUCUCUAUAUCGACUGUCCGAGUCGUUUGUACUAGUUGAGUAACUCUGUUGUAACUAUUGUAGGCUGUAGACAAUAGACAUGUAUAUAGUAAAUUAUGAUAUCAAAAAAACAUGAAACUUUUAAAAUAAAAAUUCUUCGACCUUUUGUCGAGCUAAUUUGUAAAGAUAUGUAAACCGUUUUUCAUGUUGUGCCUAUCUCGACUCUCCGAUCUAAUCGUGCGCAGUUUUAAAAAUUCUUGAAAUAAAGAUUUCACUACUUGAAUUAUAAUUGUAUUAUUAUUAUUUUUUUUAAUUUAAAAAUACGUUCAAUUGCCGUUUUUUUUUUUAAUCUUUUUAACGGCACCUAUUCAAUGGUAUCACCUAUAUUAAGAUAGUAUAAACUAUAGACGCUUAAUGAGUUAUGAAAAAGUGAUUGCUAAAAUGAUUCUGCUCUUAUCACCGUUCUGCGCAUUUUUUUACUAGGGCUUCUAGUGUAUUUAUGCCAUAUUAGUUUCGCCGCGUUAUACAAAAUUACUUUUUAUUUUUCACGGUAGAGUUUAAAAUAUUUAUUAUAUAUUGUUAAUGUAUAUUUUCAAUCGCUUUUUGAAGUAAAAUUUAAAGAUUUAAGUUCUAACACUUGAAGUGCUAGUGUCGUUUUACCAGGUUUUAUACGCACGUUAGCUGGUUGGAGAGUCACUUAAACGGUCACAUCGACAACAAAUUAUCAUAGUUCGUUGGACAUUCUCAGUCCCAUACUAUCUUAACGCGUGGCACCUAUAUAGAAUAAUAAAACUAUAGGUAUUUUACAAUAUAUUUUUUAUUAAUUUUUUAAUAAUAAAUAUAUAUACAUAUAUUAAUUUUUUGGUUAAAAAUUAACGUUAAAAUAAUAUCGUGACUCGUAUUUGUGUUCAAUAAUGAAAAAUGAAAUUUAUUUUGGAAAUUAAAUAAAAAAAAAAAAAUUGAUCGAUAAUAUUUAUAUAUUAUACCUUGACAUACUUUUACGCGUAGAAUAAUAUUUCAAUUUUUGUGUGAUUUUUUUGUUUUGUCUAAUAGAUAAUAAUAUAUUUGUACAUAUUAAAAGAUAAUAAUAAAUACCUAAGUU